UACAAAAACAUUUUGAAGUUGUAUAGAUUGAAUACCGAUGGUCACCUAAAAUGACUAACUACGGAUCUAUGAGCAAAAACUAGGAAGAGCGGCUACAGGACGGAUUGCUCAACUAUCAUGAUUUUGGAAAUCUCUAUAAUUUAUCCAAGUAAGGAUAUUCGAAAACAGAAUGGCAGGCUUUGCGCCAUGGGUCCUGGAGCUGUAUAAACUGUUACCAGCUUAUUCCCAUGGAUAUCUACAAGGAACAUGGGUGUCCCUGCAGGAAACGCUGAAAACGGCAAGAAAAUCUUUGUCCAAAGAUGUGCCCAGUGCCACACUGUUGAAGCCGGAGGCAAACACAAAGUAGGUCCCAACCUACACGGUUUCUGGGGUCGCAAGACUGGCCAGGCUCCCGGCUUCUCAUACUCAGAUGCCAACAAGUCCAAAGUCUCUCAAGAUAUUUUUUCAAUGUCAUGAAUAAUGAUAGUAAUAAAUUAUAUCACAUUUUUAUAGGUAUCUCAUGGGGUGAGGACACCCUCUUCGAAUACCUGGAGAACCCCAAGAAGUACAUCCCUGGUACCAAGAUGGUGUUCGCCGGUCUGAAGAAGCCCAAUGAACGUGCAGACCUCAUCGCCUACCUAAAAGAAGCUACUAAGUAA